GUUUGAGAGGCGAAUCUUUGUCCAUUCUGGAACUUCAAGCAUGUGUUUAAGUUGUAUUUUACUAAGUGUAGACGGAGCGCGUAUAUCAAUUGUUACUAUACAGCUGACAGCGUCAUAACUUACGGUCGCGAACGGAAAUACAUACACAGUCUUGCCUAUGACAGAUGAAUUCCAUGGGAGGCUGAAGAAGUAGUCCACGAGUCAUGCAAGCAGCAUCAUUUGCAGCUGCUUCAUCGAACAAGUCAUCACUCGAUCGUGGAGAUGUUUACGGGCGUGGGGAUGACUUUGAUGCCGCUCGUGGUUACGAAGCGCCACCCACCAGUAGGUUAGGAAGCGCACGCAUCAAAAUCAAUGUACGAGGAAUGGUUUUUGAAACAUAUGAAGAGACGCUGGCUCAAUAUCCACAGACUUUGCUCGGGAAUCCCAAAAAACGAUUACACUACCUGAAUCCUUUGAGUGGAGAGUAUUGCUUCGAUAGGAAUAAAUUCCUAUUUGAUUCUAUAUUGUUCUUCUAUCAAUCACAUGGGAUUCUAGCGUUCCCUGAAGACAUUCCCAAAGAGUGUUUUAUCGAGGAGAUAAGAUUUUUCCAGUUACAAGAAGUUGAUGAAAGAAUCAAGAAAGAAAUUGAUCCUCCGGAAAAGGAAGCCGCGAAGCCUGUAGUUUUGUCUGACAGUGCGAUCAAGAGAAAGAUAUGGGAUUUAUUUGAGCAUCCAGAUUCAUCUGUAAUGGCUGAUCUACUAGCAAAGUUAUCUGUGAUUAUCAUAAUCAUUUCCACUGUGACGUUUUGUUUAGAAACAAUGGAAUCACUUCGAUAUGAUGUCGUUAAUGUAUGCGUCAAUGAAAGUGUCUCAUUACGGAAUAAUAGUUCUACUGCGCAUGCGUCCUCUAUAGAAACAAAUUAUCCAAAAGGGUGCUUCGUCGAUAAACAAUAUGAAUUAUGGCACACAAUCGAGGCUGUCUACGUAGCGUGGUUUACAUUUGAGUAUCUCGUGAGAUUGUUUAGUUCUCCACAGAGAUGCAAAUUCGUUAAGUCCGCUAUGGGAAUGGUAGACUUGCUAGCCAUCGUGCCUUAUUACAUAACUUUAAUAACGAGAGGAAACGUUAGCGCUAUUCCAGUCCUCGGGAUUAUCCGCCUUCUUAGAAUUAUACGGCUUUUAAAACUUUCGCGAUACAGUAGAGGAUUGAAAAAUUUAGCCAAGACUUUGAUUUUGAGUGGGAGCGAUCUUCCCUCGAUGUUUGCUGUGAUGAUCAUUAACGUUGUUCUUUUCUCUAGUGUGAUUUUUCACGUCGAAAAUGAAAUUCCAGAGUCUGACUUUAAGAGCAUCCCUGAUGCAUUCUGGUUUUCUGUCAUCACCAUGACAACGGUUGGCUAUGGCGAUCAGGUUCCGAAAGGGCUGCUGGGGAAAUUAGUCGCAACGCUUUGUGCAGUAUCGGGGAUUGUCAUUCUGUUCUGCUUUCCAACACCAGUUUUGUUGUCACACUUCGAGGAGGUCAUGUAUGGAGACAAAGACAAAGAGAAAGAUGACGACAAGAAAAUUAAAAAACAGGAGAAACCUGUUUGUGAGAACAAGAUUUAUGCAAUCAAAGAGGAGGACGAGAAGGGUUUAUUUGAAGAAAGGGAUAAUAAUUUGAAUUCUUUUGCUGUGCCUUAGCAAUACUACAUACUGACCUCGGUAUACUGGUCCGGUUGUAUUCUAUAAUAUUGAUGCUUAUAGACGUGAACAAUGCAAGUUGGUCCCGCAUCUGCAGCUAACAGACUUUUUCUAUUCAAUUCUCCGUCAUAAAAAAGGGACAUAAAAUGCGCAUUCGUGCAUUUUGGCUAUAAGCCCUGGCAUAGUAGGCUCCACCGCAGCCGUCAUAAAUUGAAAGGGCCCUUGAGUCAAUCUGUGACCGAAACUAACCUACUGGCCUGGGAACUGCGAAAUCUCAUCAGUCUUGCGUGAGCAAUUAACUGAGAUAGGUUUGCGUGUAGUUUUAGCUAAUGGAAGGCUUAACUAUAACAAAUGUCAGGUUAAUAAUUUGAUAAAGAAACUCGUAAGACGUCGUCCGCUUUCUUUAUGCUUGGCAUCAGGUAACUAGUGAUUGCGCACACUGAACAAAGUUGUUAGAACAAAGAUAUGUUUUUGCUUUGCGUUUACGAAUAAUUUCUUUAAUAAAACCAGCUAGGGUACCACAGGGUACCGGGUCCAGUUUAAAGGCUUGACUAUGCAUAGGAUCCAUCAAUUGUAAUAACUGUUUAACUGAAUAACUGUUUACCUAUUCUGUUAAUGGUUAACACUGAGCAAACGAUCGGAACACUUUAAUAAAUUACUUGUAAUGUUU